AACCAACCGUGACGCACCGGACUCACCGGUGUGUGUGACGUGUUGCAGUCAAAUGUAUCCGGCUCAGUAAGUGGGUGAAAGGUUCAGUGAUUAACCGGGACAGUUUCUCCUUCAGCUGCGAACAACCAAUAUUCCUCCAAAAGCGUAAGUCCAAAAUGUCGAAACAGCCGCAGCCAAUCAGUCCCAUGAAGAACUUCUUCGCUGGAGGUUUCGGUGGAGUCUGCCUCGUCUUUGCGGGUCACCCUCUCGACACAAUUAAAGUGCGUUUACAGACUCAAGCAAAGCCCAAACCAGGAGAGAGUCUGAUGUAUGCUGGGACCAUUGAUUGUUUUAAAAAGACUUUAGCCAAAGAGGGAGUGAAGGGGCUCUACAAAGGCAUGGCAGCGCCCGUCAUCGGAGUCACGCCCAUGUUUGCCGUGUGUUUCUUUGGAUUCGGUUUGGGCAAGAAGCUGCAGCAAAAAAGCCCUGAGGAUAUUCUCACGUAUCCACAACUGUUUGCUGCUGGCAUGUUGUCUGGCAUCUUCACCACAGCCAUCAUGACUCCUGGAGAGCGCAUUAAAUGCCUCCUACAGAUCCAGGCAUCAUCAGGAGAGGUGAAGUAUGCCGGGCCAAUGGACUGUGUCAAACAGCUGUACAGAGAGUCUGGCAUUAGAGGAAUCUACAAAGGCACUGCACUCACUCUCAUGAGAGAUGUUCCAGCAAGCGGCAUGUACUUCACGUCAUACGAGUGGCUCAAGAACCUUCUCACCCCUGCAGGAAAAAGUCACAAUGAACUCAGCGUUCCCAGCGUGCUUUUCGCCGGAGGAAUGGCCGGAAUCUUCAACUGGGCUGUGGCCAUUCCAGCCGACGUGCUUAAGUCUCGCUUUCAAACAGCUGCAGAGGGAAAGUAUCCUAACGGUUUUCGUGAUGUUCUGCGUGAGCUGAUCAGAGAGGAGGGCGUGGGCUCUUUGUACAAAGGCUUCACUGCCGUCAUGCUCAGAGCUUUUCCUGCAAACGCAGCCUGCUUCUUGGGAUUCGAACUAGCGAUGAAAUUCCUCAACUGGCUGGCGCCCAACAUGUGAUGAAAACUUGAUGAAAGAGCAUUAUUUACAAGAUAUGUCAUUUAAAACAUUUCCUCAUAUACUUGAUUGUGUCUUUUGGAGGAAAG